AUGCAAACACACGAAGAGUUACUCGAGGAUAUCAGAGAUGAUACCGGCGUUAACAUAAUACCCGACAAAGAUCUUCCAAAAUUUGGUGAACCAUUACAAAAUGUUACCGUACCUGUGGGUCGUGAAGCUGUACUGCAGUGUGUUGUUGAUAAUUUACAGACGUAUAAGAUUGCGUGGCUACGUGUCGAUACCCAAACGAUUCUCACCAUCCAGAAUCACGUUAUUACGAAAAACCAUCGCAUGAGCAUAACGCACGCCGAAAAACGUGCCUGGAUCCUUCGUAUACGCGAUGUUAAGGAAUCGGAUAAAGGAUGGUAUAUGUGUCAAAUAAAUACGGAUCCGAUGAAAAGUCAAGUUGGGUAUUUGGAUGUUGUGGUGCCACCGGAUAUUUUAGAUUAUCCCACCAGCACGGAUAUGGUUGUACGUGAAGGUUCUAAUGUGACACUCAAAUGUGCGGCCACCGGAUCGCCAACACCCACAAUAACAUGGCGUCGGGAGGGUGGCGAACCAAUACCGAUACCGAACGGAACUGAAGCCAUCAGUUACAAUGGUUCAUUCCUAACGAUUGCCAAGGUGAAGCGUUUAAAUAUGGGAGCAUAUCUUUGUAUUGCCUCGAAUGGCAUACCGCCAUCAGUUAGCAAACGGGUCAUGCUGAUAAUACAUUUCCCGCCAAUGAUUUGGAUACAAAAUCAAUUAGUGGGUGCUGCAAUUGGACAAAAUAUAACAUUGGAAUGCCAAUCGGAAGCAUUUCCAAAAUCAAUAAACUAUUGGAUGAAAAAUGACACCAUAAUAGUGCCGG